AACCAAGAGAUCAACUAGGUGCCCUCCGGUUCGGCACGACACCGAUGCUGUGCUGAAAACGACGUUGACCGACGUUCCGUAGAAUAUCGCGCGUGCUCCCCGUCAGUGAUCCUGAAGACCCUAUCCACCGUUCAGUGAGACACCCUAAUAAAGCAUGAAAAAGAGACUCUCGACGGCACCGCGAGGUCUUUGACUAAUUGAAUCGCGGCACCGAGUGCGGUGUGUAAUAUACCUAAAUCAUAUUCGAAACAAUGUUCCUCAAGUGUUAAGUGAAGUGUCGGUUGAUGAACUUGCGACGAUUAUACCAAGACUUGAUGAAACGGGGUUCCGCGAUGGAACCGGUGAAGCGGUCCCACCUCGAGGACUGAGGGUGUCGCCGUGCGACAACGGGUGAAAAUAUAAGGCCUGCUCGGGAAACGGGGCCUCAUAAUGUAACCGAUGGUCAGGUCGACCAAAUUCAAUUCAGAGUACAAGUGCUGCGCUGCGACUGCACGUCCAAGAGAAGUCGAACGGUCUUCGCGAGGAUGAAAACACGGUUGUCGACGGUCUGACCUCACCCCUGAGGUGGUAAGCAACGAGUUUCCGACCCCGAAGACGAUGUCCGGCGUGGCCGAUUCAGGGUCGCCGGACCGGCGGCUUCGCCAUCUGCGGGACGGAGACGUUGUCAGCGACUGCGAGAGUGACACGAGCGAGGUGCUGAGCGUCGGCAGCGAGUCGACGCCGGCGACGGCGGCAGCGGUGUCGUCCAGUCUGCAGGGAGCGGACGACGAGCUUCGCGAGGACACGAGCAACACGAGGACCUCGAUGACGUCCUCGCCCCCGGGUUCGCCAGCCUCCUCAACGAGUCUCUACUACAACGUGCACCCGCAGCUUCGCUGCAGCCGGGCCCCAAGUCCCGGCUAUGGCCAGGGUCCACCAUCCCCGGGGGCGUCAGCGCGGUCUCCGGCGUCUUCGAGCGUAGCGGCAUCGUCGCCGGGUCGUGGAGAGGCCCAGGAUCCGUCGACGCAGCACCCGCGGUUCGGUCCGUCGCUCUCGGCGCUGACGCAGACGGGCCACCAAAUCGGCAUCCAGGAUUACGCGGGCUCGAGGAUGCCGGGGUGCCACGAGCACGUCGUCGGUUACCACCGGGCCCCGAUCACCAUGCCCCUCGUAACCCGGCUCUCCCUCUCGCCGCCGACGGUUGGCCGGCCGCUUUCUGUCGGCGGGUUGCAGUCCCCGGUCCCCGCGAUUCACGGGCCCCCCGGUAUUCUCCAGGGGCCCCAGCACCUCCAGCCUCCUCACCCCCAGGGCCUCCAGCACGUCGGCGUUGCCGCAGCCCACCACCACCUCGGUCCCCAUCGGCUCCCGGUCAGCAAGCUUCUUCAGGCCUCGCCACCCCCCAGAGAAGUCAGCCCCCUUUCGCCCCGAGAGGAAAUGGCGCGGACCGCACCUUCGGGGAACAACAACAACAAUAACAACAACAAUAACAACAACAACAACAAUAACCUGCAGCAUCAGGGCAGCCUAAAGUUCAGCAUAGACAAUAUCCUCAAGGCCGAUUUUGGCCGCAGGAUCACCGACCCCAUUUCCCUGAAGAAGUCCAGGCCCAAGAAAACCCUCCAACGACCCAUCGACCUCACCAAAGACUUCCUCGAGUCCUCGUCCGAGUCAUCGGAGAGGAGCGAGCCCUCGACCACCGGCGCUUCUCCCGGCGCUACCACCAAGUCAUCCGGAGUACCUCCCAGCCCCGGCGCCACCACGGGGAGCAACGAUCCCGGAAAGCAGAUUCUCUGGCCGGCCUGGGUCUACUGCACGAGAUACUCGGACAGGCCUUCUUCCGGACGAAGUCCGCGAACGAGGCGAGUGAAACGAUCGAGCGGCGACACCCGGGCGUCGGGAGGCACUCCGGAGGAGAAGAGGCCUCGGACGGCGUUCAGUGGCGAACAGUUGGCGCGGCUGAAGCGGGAAUUCGCGGAGAACAGGUACCUGACCGAGAGGCGGAGGCAGCAGCUAUCCAGGGACCUGGGGCUGAACGAGGCCCAGAUCAAGAUCUGGUUCCAGAACAAACGAGCGAAGAUCAAGAAGGCCAGCGGCCAGAAGAAUCCCCUCGCCCUCCAGCUGAUGGCCCAGGGACUCUACAACCACUCGACGGUCCCUCUGACGAGGGAGGAAGAGGAACAGGCCGCGGAGCUCCAGGCGAAAUGACAAAUGUAGACGCCCGCGUAGUUUCGUUUUAAAUCGUACGCGUUCCUUCGAGAUAUACGUACGAAUACAUACAUAUGUGUACAUAUACACACAUACAUAUAUGUAUACAUUUACCGCGUUGUUUCAACUACGCAUCGCCAGUCGCAGAAGUGCACGGAGUUUCGGUAUCGAUCCAGCUUCCGCGUUCUGUAUAACAGAUACACGCACUAUCCCGGAACAAAAAAUUAUUUAUGCAUGUAUGUAUACAUACGUAUAAGUAUACAAUGUAGAUACGUUUUGCCGAAAAACUUCUUUUCGUGAUAAUUUAUUAUACUCGAAUUAAGAAUAAUCCCUGAAACGUGCUGAUUUUACUUGAACCUAAUUUUCAAUUUCAAUUUCAGCGACACGUAUGAUUGUAUGUAUUUGAAAGUCUCGUACUCGGUGAAAAAAAACUAUUAAACUUGAAUCUGAACGUCGAAAGAAAUUUUUUUUUUUUUUUUUAUGCUCUGGUGAAAAAAAAAGGAAAAAUCUACCAAUCUUUGAGAUUUGGAAGACGACGAAAAACCGUCACGCGCAUCCACUGAGUUACUUUCCUGUAGGAUAUUCAUGAAAGUGUAUUUAUUUAUUUUUUUUUCUACUCUCUCGUUUUUUGUCAUUUAAUUGAAUUUCUUUGUAAUAUCUCAUUAAGAAACGUCCAGUGCCAUCCAUGUAUCAUAUACAUAAAUAUGCAAUAUUGUGUACAUCCGCACACUUGCAGUAAUCCUUAUAAC